CAGCAUGCAUUUACAACAGGUACUUCUAGUUAAGCCAAGUUCAGUGACUGCUGCUGAUUUGGACUAAAAUGUUAUGGGCAGUAACAGUGGAGAAGCUCAUCAGAGAUUGUUGUAGUCUCAUAGAGGCCUCCCCUUUCUGGACCGUGAGCAGCUUCCAUAGCAGAUUGGAUCAGUCUUCAGAGCAAAGGCAAUGGCAUUUUAUCCGCUGCAAAUCGCUGGACUGGUUUUUGGGUUCUUUGGCAUGGUGGGGACCCUCGCCACGACACUUCUGCCUCAGUGGAGAGUAUCAGCUUUUGUUGGCAGCAACAUUAUCAUCUUUGAAAGGCUCUGGGAAGGGCUCUGGAUGAACUGCAUCCGACAAGUCAGGGUCAGGUUGCAGUGCAAGUUCUACGAUUCUUUGUUGGCUCUCCCACCUGUCCUGGAGGCAGCUCGUGCCCUCAUGUGUGUGGCUGUUGCCCUAUCUCUGAUUGCUCUACUUAUUGGCAUCUGUGGCAUGAAGAAGAUUCAGUGCACAGGCUCUAACGAGAGGGUUAAAGCAUACCUUUUGGGGAUUUCUGGAGUCCUCUUCAUCCUGACAGGCAUCUUCGUUCUGAUUCCGGUGUGCUGGACAGCCAAUAUUAUCAUCACGGAUUUCUACAACCCAGCCGUCCACAUAGGUCAGAAACGAGAGCUGGGAGCAGCACUCUUCCUAGGCUGGGCAAGUACCGCUGUCCUCUUCAUCGCAGGGGGUCUGCUCUGUGGGUUCUGCUGCUGCAACAGAAAGAAGCGAAGGCACAGAUAUCCAGCCGGUGGGUGUCGUGCACCCCACCCAGACAAGCAACGAUGGAAGGUGACUGUGCUUAGCAAGACCUCCACCAGUUACGUCUAACACCUGCUUUUGGUUCAAACUGUGAAUUAUGAUCAAUAUGUUUUUUAGAGUCUUGCCAGAAACUGUAAGUGCGUCAGGCAGGAGAACUUGCUUUAUAGCUGCUUUUGAAUUGAGAUGAAAAGUUUGAAGAGCAUAUAGCUUGUAGUCACCUGUGAUAGGAAUAGGAAUGACUUGCUUUGGACAUUCUGACCUCAUGUGUAUCAAAUGCAUUUACUAUUACUGUACUCAAAUAAUCCCCAUUCCAAUUUGUGGAGUCUAAAAUCAAGUAUAUCCAUAAUCUUUAGUAUAAUGACAGAUUUUUUUUUUCACAAUCAUAUGUUAUCUGUUAUCUGAAUUCCAUUGCAAUUGAUAAGUCAUAGCAAUAAAACAUAUUCUAAAACAUAACCCAAGUUAUUUUUUCUCAAAAUUAUUUCUUAUACUAAUAUGGUAACAGCUACAAUGAUGACUGUUUCCUUUUCUAAACGAGCUGCAAAAUAAUAGACAUCAAAUAAGGAUUUUUAACUGAAUUUAUGAAAAUAUGGCAAUGCUUGUUCAAUGAAAAAAUUUGUUACUCCUUUAGGGAACUUAAAUGUACUAGAAAUUAAACACUUUUAGGGAGAAGGGAGCUCCAAUUUCUGUCAGGAUAUUUAAGAAGAUGAUUUUAAAGCAUCUAAUUUUUAUACAGUUAAACUUCCUUAGAAUUAUAUAUUCAAAGGAAGAUAAUUUAUAAAUGAAAAAUGAUAUGCUUUCAGAAUGCAUGAUGUGAACCUCCAAGCAAACAGAAUUAUCUGUCUUGAUAAGACACAUCAAUAGAAGACUAUGAACACUCAGUUCUCAUCAAGAGGAAAUACAGUCCCGAUUAGGGAACUGAGGAAUUGAGGUGUGGAUGUUGAAGGGAAUGGUUUCUGUUCCUUGCUUUAUUCUUUAGUCAUUGCACAGGUCUACACACGCUAAGUAAAAUGAAGAAUCAAGGUUAUGAUUCAGGCAGUUAGUCAGGUCAAAAUAGCACCACCUUUUAUGUUCUCUAAUAAAUAAAUAGGUAUGGGUAAAGCAUUUUGUUUUGCUUAAAUUGUAUGCAUGAUUUUCUCAAUUUUUCACUUUGCAUGUGUUUAACAUGCCAAUAUUGGGUUGAAAGUGUGGGGGGGUCCAGGGAGGAUGCGUAGACAAGUGUCUGUGGGAUAAGACCACUUUUAUGGGAUGCUUCUGAAUAUCUCCCAUGCCUCAGGAACCAAUUAAUGUUUAUAUAUUGAAUUUUAACUCUUCAAAUAUUGUGUUUAUUUUAUACUAAAAAUGUAUUUCAUUUACAAUGUAUAACUUCAGUGACGAGAUUAAAUUUGUUCACCAAAUAUUUAUUUUAUG